AUCAGUUAUUUUUUUCUUCUUCUUUUCUGAUUCAUUUUGUGUUGAGUGGGGAAAAUGACGUGUUACUAUUUAACGAAAUAUUUGGUUAUAAAGUUUUUUUUAGGUUUGCGCAUAGGCAUAGUCUCAUGCAGUAUUUCCUGUAUAAGUCAUACGGACAAUGUGUAUUUAUAACAACCUAAAAUAUAAAUAAAUAAAAAAUACAAUUAUUAAGAAUAUUUAUAACAUUCAAUUGAUUUUUUUGAUGUUCGAUACUGACUGACGUUACGAUAGGAAAUUAUUUAAAACUAUAUUUGUCAGUACGUACGCAACGAGCGUUGGAACUAUUGAUCAGCAUAAGAAUGAAAUUGGGCUUCCCUGACAGUGUGGCCAACAUACAACGGCGUCCAUUUCUCCGCCGUCGUAAUAGGCGACAACGUUGGAUACAUUGUCGGCGAGAAUUCACGUGAUCGACCACAUUACGUCAUCUAGGCGCGUGAUCUGUCAUCUCCCUCUUCGACGCGCUCUGGUCAGGUCACACUGGCGCAGUAGCAAGCGAACGAACACUUGACCUGCAGACGGGUGUGCUGUGGGCGUAAGGGCGGGGCGGCAUAGUUAGCAGUGACACUUCGCUUCAGCGUUCUCGGAAACUGUGACGAAGAAUGGAUCAACCAAACAAAUACAUUGUCGAAAAUCUAAAAGACAACACCAGAAAAAUGGCCGGCAUGAAUAUUCGUGGAAACGAUGAAAACGUUUUGUCAGCAGAUGUAAUAUCCUCGAAACUUUCAUGUCUUCAUUGUCCAUUUACAUGGAAACCAUUCAAUGACGCUAAUAGUAGGGAUACAGUGAAUGCUACAGAGGAGAAAUUAUUGAAUGUAGAGGAUGAAGGCGAGGAAUUCAGUGCGUGGACCACAUUUGUUUUAAGUUUAAUUCUCUGUUACGAAUACGCCAAGAAGGAUGCUUUGGAUUACGCUUUUGAGAAACAGGAAGAAUGUGCUAAAAUCGUAGAACGUGCAAUUGAUAGUGGUUUUUCUAUACCGGUCAUGGGGGUGGGCUUGAAACACGUAAGUGAUGCAUGCAAAAUAUUUCUGUUAAUGAAGUCAGAGCAACUGGAGAAGGCGACAAAUGCUCUACAGCACAUAGCUGACUACGACGAAAUGGAGAAACGAGAUCAGGCGAGUAUUUGGAGCGUCCGGGGAGCCCUGCUCUUGGAGUAUGGAUUGAAGGGGAUGAAAGAGAGUGUACCUUGUUUAGAGCAAGCACUACUGUUGGAUACUGAGUGUCCAGAAUGGCACUUUCUGCUGGGAAAAGCUCUGGCUAGAGUGAGACGCAUCGAGGAUCGCAAUAAGAUUCCAGAUAAGAAAGAAUUAAAAGCUCUGGAAUAUGCGGUUACAGUAUCUGAAAACACUUUCUAUAUGGUGUUAUUAGCUCAAUCAUACACUGAUGCAGCACGAGUAGUCACUCUUCAGAAAAGAGGUAGUUCAGAUUUUAGAUCACUUUGUGAAGAUAUGAAUGAAAAAGCUGUGAAUAUGUACAGGAAAGCAUAUGAAAAUAGUAAAGACAAUCCUUAUGUCUUAGGAAGAUGUGCCUAUGGGUUUAUGAGAUUACCGAAACCAUGGAAAGAUAUGGAAGUUGCAAGAAUAUGUGUUGAGAAAGGUCUUGCAAAAAAUUCUUCAAGUAGUUUUCUUAACUAUGCUGCAGCUGAGUUAUACAACAAACAAAACGAUUCCGAUAAAGCAAAGUAUUAUUUUGCUCGUGCAGCAGAAAAUGGUUGUUAUGGUGCUUGCCUAAAUUUAUUGACAUUAAAAGAAAAAGAAAACAAAUUGUACGAUGCAAUUCCUGACUUGGAGAGGUACAUUGAACUGUUCAAAGAAAAGCCCCGUCAAGAGCAUCUCUUAGCAUUACUAGGAGCUUAUCAUUAUUUUGUGAAAUCUGAUUUCAACAUGGCAUUAAAAUAUUGGUCAAAAGUAAUCGACAGUGACAUUCAUUCCAUUGAGCUAAAAGCUCUUGACAACACAUGGCCUAAAACACCUCACCCAUGUAAUGUCAGCAAAACAAUAGUCAAUGAAAUUGUUCAACGCCUUGAUAAAGGUUGUAAUGAAGAGGAGAGAGCUAUGUACACAAAUAUCCUGCAAAAAUAUAAAAAACAUCAUCGUCCCCUUGUGUUGAGUAUACAAGGAAUAUAUUCUGAGAGAUCAGAGUACAGAAGAUACUGUGAAUCUGAAAACAAGCCCCUACCAUCCACCAGUAAAGUAUGGCACAACAUGAACAGAAACGCAGUGGGGAACUACUGGAAAGUGCGGCCAAAUACUCAUAGUAUAAUGACAAAUGAUUGGAGACAAAAGUCUUCACGUUUUACACAGAAGUAAGAAUUUGAUCUUACAUUUGAAACAAAUCAUUAACGAGUUGAAUGUUAAAUUCACAAUUUGUGUUUAUGAAACAAAAAAGAAACUUCAUACAUAGCCUUAUAUAAAUAGUUGUAUUGUAUCAAACAAAUAAAAUGCUAUACAAUGUUUCUCUCAUGUCUCCAUAACUUAAAUCUUUCCUGUACUGUACUGUGGAAUUUGCAGUCGUGAAUAUUAUAUUGUGUGAGUAGUAUUUUGUGCUGAUUUCUUCUUGUAACUACUUUUGUUAUUUCAUAUUACUUACAUUAAAAUCGUUACUUUUAUCACACUUUAUAUUGUCUUUUGUGUAAGAGUUGUAUUUUACCUUUUUUUACAUGCAAUGUACGUAUUUUAUUUUGCAAUGAUUCAAUUUUCCACUGUUUCAUGAACAGCUUGAAAUUGACUGCAUUGAUAUUUUUUUUAAUAAAAUUAGAAAAGUAGUCAAGAGAACUUUUCAUAGAAUUCUUAUAAAAGUAUUGUGCAAAGUACUUGUGGCAAGAACAUUACAGAAAUAUCAUACAUAUUAUAAGAAAUUCAAUAAGCUGUUAAUAUCUGCAGUGACAGUCAACCCACACCAUCAGUAGUCUGUGGCUCAUGGCUUCAUUUUAGGCACAUUGCAAAUAAGUGUUAAAGUACAUUAUGGCCCAUUGCUUGAGUUUUGAUAGUUGCAGAGAAACACAACUUUAAACUAAAAGUAAAAAUAGUAUUCUUAGACUUUUCUUUUUCUAAUAAGUCUGAGCAUUGACUUUAGGAAGUCGUCAUGCAAGAAACUAUUACCAGGGUACUCCAAUUGCUUUCAAAUUUCUUGUUUCAAUAUCAAAGCUGAUCAUGACAAUUUAGUGACAGACUGAGGUCUCAUAAUUUAAAUUCAAGAAUGAUACUGCUUUGCUAUUCAAUAAUGUUGGAAACUGGAAGACAAAAUAUAAAACCAUACACGUUUAGACCUUGUAAUAUGAAGUUAUUCCUAGUCAUUGCAAUAGUAUUUUGCUAUUAAUAAAGUAACAUGGCCCACUAGAGUUUCAACGAGUAAAUGGCCUACAAAAAAUGUUGAUUAAAAUUGAUUUACGGUGUUACUUUGUUACCUAAAGACCUUAGAAAUUAUUCUUAAACCAACUUGUUUUCAUGCAAAACCAAAACAUUGUUUAAGAAGCGUUUCAAAAGGCACAUUCAUGUUUGUUUAUGCACACCAGUUAUCCUCUCAAGAAUCAUUAUUCCAAAAGCACUGCACUAACUGUAAAAGUAUUUAAUUUAGCGCACAGCGAUCACAUAAAAAAUAAAAAAAAAAUUGUUUGCGCCUAUUUCACCAACUCGUAUGUACAUAGCCUAGUCAUUUG